AUGGCGGACCUCGUGACGCAGCCGAUGAGCCUUGCCACCUUCUCCUCCUUCGCCAGAUCGUCUUCCUCGCUCCAUUUCUCCAGGGAUCCUCCUCAUCCUACCAUCGAGGUCCUGCAAGGGCUAGAGACAACAUUGCCGCAGGAACCUCCACGACCCCUUCCCUGGGCACCUGACGACGGCGACAGACCCCCGAGAGACCGAGGGCGCGCUUCGGGGAGCAAAGGGCGGCGAUGGAAGGCCGUCAAGGCGAAUCCAGGAAGGUUGAGCGCGAACGAGACCAACCCAGCGCCCGCGCCUCCUUCAGAAGACCGCGCCGAAGGCAUUCCCCCGCGAAGGGACCCCGUCGGCGCGCCUCCAGAGACCCCGAGGAGGAUCCGCCGUCGGGAGGUCUGCGCCUCUUCCGCGUCGACGCCGGAAUCGACCGCCUUCACCUUCGCCUCCUUCGUCAUCCUCAUCACCCAGGGCAUCGUCAACGUGGUCAACAUCAUCAACAACAACAACAACAAUAACAACAACAACAACAAUAAUAAUAACAACAACAAUAACAACAACAACGUCAACAACAACAACGUGAUGAGUACCAACAACGCCGCCAACAGCGCGGGCGGGAUGGGCCUUCCGGGCCCUGUGAUCGGCGUGCCCGGCCGGAGGAGCGUCGACCGCCCGCGACGCAGGGGGAAAAGGCGACUCCUGCCGACGCCCACGACGAGAGCCGGUCCUCUCGCGUCCUUAGAAGAGGGGAGGGAGAAGGAGUGUCGUUGCCAUGCGAAGAAGAAGAAGAAGAAGAAGAAGAAGAAGGAUAAGAAGGGUCUGUAUUCCGAAGUGCAAAGGUGCCUCAAGUUUACCCUCUGCAGAUGGCUCGGUCAAGACAAAGAGGAAGAGGAUCAUAUUCUGCCAAGAUUAUUACGGUUGCAGGCAAAGAUGGUAAGGUGGAGGCUGGGGAGCAUCUCGUCGGCUGAUAACUGUGAAGAUAUGACAUGUCCACUGCUCGGAUGAAAAGGAUUGGUGUGUUACAUAAUAAAGUGUAAAUAUUGUGUAUGUUAUUUUUAUUUAUUAAUCGACAAUAAAUUUAUCUAAAGAC